GGCUGAACUGCGGUAAGAGCAGAGCAUGGGAGCGACGCCCACAUACACAGAGCGGGAGGCGGGGAGUGAUCCAUCCUGUCGAAGCGGAGACGAUCUGUGCGCACGGCGCCGUGUUUAUAGUGAACACGGCAGACUGCAGACUGAUCGACGGAGACUGUGUGUGUGUGCGUACCUGUGCAUUAAUCUGCCUAACUACGCUGUCUGCUCAGCUAUCCAUCGUCGGAGGAGCAUUUAGAGAACCGAAAGGACUUGACCUGACCCGGAUCAAUACGGUUAAACACCCCCGUUUUCCCGUUGAUAUGACGGUGAAUUACAGCCACCACAACAACGCGGUGUGUGUGUGUGCAUGAUGAGCGGCUGAGGAGGAGGAGGAGGAGGAGAAGGAGGAGAAGAAGAAGGAGGCUGCGGUCUGAAACCAGAUUUUAUCCUGGAUAUUUCGAAACUAACGUCGUGUCGUUCACACAAGGGGACCGUGUAUCGAUUUAACAUGUUGUUUCACGCCACAUGCCUCCCGUUUCCAUCCUCAUUUUGAACGGGGGUCUGCCGACCCGCUUCUCUGCCUCCCGAGGACCCUCCGGCAGCGGGAUGUUGGACGUUUUUUCCUCCAGAUAUGGAGCGUGAAGAUGCGGAUUACAGGAGGAAUCCCCAGCGCUAGUCGUUUAGCCGCAUUGCUUUUCAUUCUGCAUAUCUGCGCAGUGUGUGUUUGGCAGAAAAUAAAAACUGUGAAACUAUGAGUAAAUAUUUCCAGCUCAGAGCAACAAAUCGUUAAUUUUCGUGGACUCCACAUCGUGAGCUAGCCUGCAUGUAGUAGCUAUAUUAGCGCCAUUAGCCGGCUAACAGCUACAAGGUGCUGGCUGGAGAUUAAAAAAAAAAAGAGGCUUUUUUAAAUAAUACCGAGCAGGUUUUUGCCCACGUAUCCUCCCUUCAACGUAUUUAUUCACAGGAUUUGGGAGGAUUUACUCAUCCAGGAAUGAGGUCUCGAACGGAAAGGAGCCGCUUGACCUUGUUUUUGGGUCUGAUGCUGGGUCUGUCGUCCUGCCUCCGGCCCGCCACCGCAGAGAUCUGUGGUCCCAGGAUCGACAUUGGCAAUGACAUCAGUGAAUUCAAACGUCUAGAGAACUGCACGGUGGUGGAGGGCUCCUUGAAAAUUCUCCUCAUCGGUGACAAAAACAACAUCAACCAGGAAGUCUUUCGUUCCCUCAGCUUCCCCAAGCUGACCAUGAUCACAGACUACCUGCUGCUAUUCAGGGUGUCCGGCCUGGACAGUCUGAGCGCUCUCUUUCCCAACCUCACCGUCAUACGCGGACGAAACCUCUUCUACAACUACGCCCUUGUGAUCUUUGAGAUGACCAGCCUGAAGGACAUUGGCCUGUACAACCUGAGGAACAUCACCCGCGGCGCCAUCCGCAUUGAGAAAAACCCCGAGCUCUGCUACCUGGACUCCAUAGACUGGUCCCUCAUCUUGGACGCAGAGUUCAACAACUACAUUGCUGGGAACAAGCAGUCCAAGGAGUGCAGCGAUAUUUGUCCAGGCAUCAUGGAAAACAACCCUCAGUGCAGAAAGACCAUGUUCAACAAUAACUACAACUACCGCUGCUGGAAUUCCAAUCACUGCCAGAAAGAGUGCCCGGAGAAGUGUGUGCCGCGAGCGUGCACAGCGGACGGCGAGUGCUGCCACCCUCAGUGUCUGGGCAGCUGCACAGUCCCCGGUAGCGACACAGCAUGUGCAGCAUGUGUGCAUUACUACCACCAAGGACGCUGUGUGGCUGACUGCCCUCCUGGCACCUACAAGUUUGAGGGUUGGCGCUGCAUCAGUGCUGAGCUCUGCUCCAAACUCCACCUCCACCUCGCCGACCACGACAGCCUCAUCAUCCACGGCGGAGAGUGCAUGUCUGAGUGCCCGUCUGGGUACACGCGCACCGCACCCAACAGCAUGUUCUGUACAGCCUGUGAUGGUCUGUGUGAUAAAGUGUGCGAGGAGAAGGUCAUCGACUCCAUGGAUGCUGCUCAGUCGCUCAGAGACUGCACCGUUAUCAAAGGCAACCUGCAUAUCAACAUCCGCAGAGGCCACAACAUGGUGGCAGAGCUGGAGAGUUUCACGGGUUUGAUCCAGAGGGUGACCGGAUACGUGCGGAUCAGACAUUCCCACACUCUGAGCUCGCUGGCCUUCCUCCGCAGCCUCCGACAAAUCGACGGAGACGACCUUCUGGACGACAUGUAUGCCUUCUCCGCAUUUGACAACCAGCAGCUCCAGUAUCUUUGGGACUGGAAGCAGCACAACCUCACCAUCAAGACUGGCAAGCUGUUCUUCAGAGCCAACCCAAAACUCUGCAUGUCCGAGAUCCGCAAAAUGUGGGAGGAGACAGGCAUCCAGGGCCGCUUUGAUGAAAGCGAUUUCCGAAACAACGGGGACCGAGCCAGCUGUGAAAGCACUAUCCUGAAGUUUAAGUCCAACAGCACCAGCAGUAAUCGGAUCAAACUGACCUGGCAGCGCUACCGUCCCCCUGACUACAGAGACCUCAUCAGCUUCAUCGUCUACUACAAGGAAGCGCCGUACCAGAACAUCACAGAGUUCGAGGGGCAGGAUGGCUGUGGCUCCAACAGCUGGAAUAUGGUGGAUGUGGAGCUGAGGCCAGACAAGGACUCAGAUCCCGGAGUCCUGCUUUCCAACCUGAAGCCCUGGACACAGUACGCCAUAUUUGUGAAGGCGAUCACACUCAUGGUGGAAGACAAACAUAUGCCGAGUGCCAAGAGCAAGGUGGUCUACAUCCGCACCAGCCCUUCAGCGCCCUCCAUGCCUCAGGAUGUGCGAGCGUACUCCAACUCAUCCACACAGCUGGUGGUGCGUUGGUCGCCCCCGGUGUCACCAAAUGGAAACCAGACUUACUACCUGGUCAGAUGGCAGCAACAAGCCGAAGAUCGAGAGCUGUAUCAGCACAAUUAUUGCUCUAAAGAGUUGAAGAUACCCAUUAGGAUUGCUGCCAUAGGCGUGGGAGACCAGGAAGAGGACACCAAGCCCAUUAAGCCAGACCCUGACGGAGCAGACAAGGGCCCGUGUUGUCCCUGUCCCAAAUCAGUCGAGGACCUGGAAGCCGAAGCUGCCGACGCCUCCUACCGAAAAGUCUUUGAAAACUUCCUGCACAACUCCAUUUUUACACCAAGGCCUCCAGAUCGUCGUCGUAGAGAUCUCUUUGGCGUGGCCAACUCCACACACUCCCGCAGAAACCGGCUGCACACGAACAGCAGCACCGUUCCUCCUCUCCAGGCCGCUGGUAACAGCAGCACCGCGGACGUGAAUCCAGCCGACAGAGAGUUUGAGUUUGUGGAGCAGUCAGUGACGGAGCGUGAGCUGCAGAUCUCUGGCCUGCAGCCGUUCACAGUUUACCGCAUCGACAUUCACGCCUGCAAUGGCCAGGUCCAACGCUGCAGCGCCGCAGAGUUUGUCUUCUCCAGAACCAAGCCUGCAGAAAAGGCUGACGACAUACCCGGCCAAGUGACCUGGGAGGGCCAUGAGGACUGGGUGUUCCUCCGCUGGCCAGAGCCACAUCACCCCAACGGACUCAUCCUCAUGUAUGACAUCAAAUUUAAACUGGCUUCUGAGGCCGAGAAGCAAGAAUGUGUCUCUGGUCAGACCUAUCGGGUCCAGCGCGGCGUUCGACUAUCCAACCUGAGUCCAGGAAACUACUCAGUGAGAGUGAGAGCUACGUCACUGGCUGGAAACGGCUCCUGGACACACAGUCUGGAUCUCUAUGUGGCUGAGCGAUAUGAAAACGUCCUCUACGCUGUGAUCUUUGUUCCGAUUGCCAUCGUCCUCUUCAUCUGCCUCUUUGUCGCAAUGUUGGUGGUCCUCAACAGGAAAAGGAACAGCGACCGGCUUGGAAAUGGAGUCCUGUACGCCUCAGUAAACCCAGAGUACUUCAGCGCUGCAGAAAUGUAUGUACCAGAUGAGUGGGAGGUGGCGCGGGAGAAGAUCUCCCUGAGUCGCGAACUUGGCCAGGGGUCCUUCGGCAUGGUCUACGAGGGCCUGGCGAAGGGCGUGGUCAAAGAUGAACCAGAGACCCGUGUCGCCAUUAAGACCGUCAACGAGUCAGCCAGCAUGAGGGAGAGAAUAGAGUUUCUCAACGAGGCCUCCGUCAUGAAGGAGUUCAACUGUCACCAUGUGGUUCGUCUCCUGGGAGUGGUUUCUCAGGGCCAACCCACCCUGGUAAUCAUGGAGCUGAUGACGCGUGGAGACCUGAAGAGCUACUUACGUUCCCUCCGACCUAAAGAGCAGCAGUGGUCGAGCCUGUCUCUCCCUCCUCUGAAGAAGAUGCUUCAGAUGGCCGGGCAGAUCGCCGACGGCAUGGCUUACCUCAACGCCAACAAGUUUGUCCACAGAGAUCUGGCGGCCAGGAACUGCAUGGUGGCUGAGGACUUUACUGUUAAGAUAGGAGACUUCGGCAUGACCAGAGACAUCUACGAGACAGAUUACUACCGCAAAGGUGGUAAGGGUUUGCUCCCCGUCCGUUGGAUGUCGCCCGAGUCUCUUAAGGACGGAGUCUUCACCACCAACUCUGAUGUUUGGUCGUUCGGGGUUGUGUUGUGGGAGAUUGCCACUCUGGCAGAACAGCCCUACCAAGGUCUGUCUAACGAGCAGGUGCUCCGCUUUGUCAUGGAGGGAGGGCUGCUGGAGAAACCACAGAACUGUCCUGACAUGCUGUUCGAGCUGAUGCGUAUGUGUUGGCAGUACAAUCCUAAGAUGCGUCCAUCCUUCGCGGAGAUCAUCAACAGCAUAAAGGACGAGCUGGAGCCGUCUUUCAGAGAGGUCAGUUUCUUCUACAGCUCCGAUAACAAGCCAGCCGACGCUCCGCAGCUCCACCUGGACAAGAUGGACAACAUGGAUGACAUUCCUCUGGACCCCGCUUCAUCGACACAGCCACCGCAAACCCCAGUACCCCAACAGACCCCACCCUCCCCGAGCUCAGAGGCUCCACCCGCCCCCUCGCUAGCCCCCAGCUCCCCCACCUCUCCAUGUACGUCGGCCGCUGCCAUGGACAAGCAGUCUACGGGCCAGCAGGCAGCCAAUGGGCUGUCGGGGUCAGGCCUCGCAGGUGCGUCCGGGCUCGGGACGGGCUCAGGCGUCACGGUGCGACAGUCUAUCGACGAAUUGCCGCCGUACGCGCACAUGAACGGAGGACGCAAAAACGAACGUGCCAUGCCUCUCCCGCAGUCCUCUGCCUGCUGAUUGGACAGACAGCCACCAGACUGCAAACCCUGCCACCUGCUGCUCUGCAGAACGUGAUGUCUCAGUGGGAUGCGACCUCCUUUUUUCCUUUUUUUCUUUUUUUAAAAAAAUCACAUACAGCAAAACCAUGUCCACCAGCUGGGUGUGAGCAAAGACUCACAUGAAGGUGGAGAAAACUAAGUCCAUGUUCUGCUGUACCUCCACACACUUUUCAUAUUAUUCUAGUUUUGGUUUCUACCAGCUGGCUGUCAGACGUGACACUGCCCUCGCUGCUGAGUGGGAAGACCAAAAAAAAACAAACAAAAAAAACCAGUAAGAGAAAGGAAAAAAGAUGAAAAUCAUUCGGGGGAGAUCUCUUUCUCUUUCUUUAUGGCUGAACUUAUUUUAUAAAUUGUCGUUUGUUACUUUUUUAUAUGUAUUUCCAAAUGGGAAAACAAAAAUGUGUAGGCCUUUAUAAAUGACCGGUGUUUUGGGCGGGCAUUAUGGUGAAACUAUUAAGCAUAUCUAAUGAGAAAAAAAAAAAAAAAGCACUUCAGAGAGAGAGGUCAGGGUGUCGGUCGGCCGAUCAGUAGUCUCGUCGCUCUGCAGGCUGGGUGUCAGCGUAAUGCCGGGUCAAUAGCCAAUCCGCUGAAACACACAACCAGAAGGAGAAAGGUCAAAUCUGCCAAAUUUGUUGCCAAAAUUGUAUUUUUCUUUUUUUUUUUUUGUCAAAUUCUCUCUUCUGCAGCCCUGUAAUUGUCCACAACACCAAAUUGAAACUGAAGCAACAAACACUUUGAUCUGCUACCACACCCUUCUUUAAAAAAAAUCUGUGAUCAAAGGGAUAUUAACUUCCCUCCACAGUCCUCCAGCACUCUUCUAUUUCUGUCUGAUAUCUACAGCCACUGCACUGUAUCAAAUUGAAGUCGUGGAUCUUGGUGUUACAUCAGAGCCACAUCCUCUCACGAAGUGCUGUCCUGUUGCGGUUUAAAUGCCAAAUCCAGUCAACCAAGAAGCAAAAAAAGAAGCAAGGACUGUGGAGGGAAGAGCACAGAGGAGAAAACAAAUAUAAAUACUUUAUCUAUAACGUCUCUCGAUCAGAGGCGUCUGUGUUCUUGUAUACAAACAGGUAUUUUUUUAGACUAGUCAUUAGUCUCCAACAUUUACAGCAUCUCUUCGUGGACAGAGCAUUUAUGUACGCACCAGUUGUUUGUGUCACUUUUCUAACUUUUAUACGGUUGGAGACAUUCAUGUACAGAAAGAAGCUGCUAUUCCUUAUUUCUCUUGUGGUUGUAAUAUAGUUAAUAUCUAUAUAUAAAAAGAGAAAAAAAAAACUCCUUCAGGUUGGAUCUACGAACGUUUCCACUACAGUCCAUUUUUUUAAUGCUUGUAAUUGUGUAAAGUGCAUCUGAGCUGGUUUUGUUUCUGUGUUUGCGUAAAAGGUACGACAAUUUGCCUUGUUUUUUGAAACGCCGGUAACUUCCCCUCCCAUCUGACUAGAGGACAGUGAUGGUACCGAUAACCAUCGAUGCUCUCGUGUUCUCUCGGGACGCCUCGACCUCUGUCCUCUCGGGUGUGCGCUCAUACUCAGAGGUCAGAGGUCAGGCAUCACUGCUGAGUCCCAACAAAAUCUCAGGUCAAAGAGAAAAGUUAAAUCCUUUUCUACUUUCCUUUUGUUUUCCUUUUUUCUUUAAAUUUUUUGUGCUGUCAUACCUAAAGACAUCCAGCCUUGUUUGUGUGUGUGUGUGUGUGUGUGUGCGCGCGCGUGUGCGUGUGUGCAUGUGUGUGUUAACCUCUGUCUGAUCCUACGUCCCUCUGACUCUGUGAUUUCAUUUUCUUUUAUCAUUAGACAGGAAGCAGUGUGAAACCAGAUCGAGUUUCAGAUGGGUUAUUGCACUUAUUGUAUGAAGCCCCAAUACUGACAAAAUGUAGUAAAAGUUUAUCAGACAAGUCAAAAUAUAAUUGAUUACAUCAAUAAAUAAUACUGUUUGUUAAUUAAGAUGGAACUUUUCAAUUUACCUUCAGUCAGUUGGUAGAAAACAGAUGAAAAUCUUUAUUUUUUUUGCCUCAAUCACUUGAUAAAAUAAAUUAAAAUUUAGUUUUCCACUGGUUGAUUUAUAUUUUUCAACCUCUUAGUUUGUUUUGUUUUUUUAAUGAUGAAAGAUAAUUUCAGCCAGGUAGCUCUUGAUUAACAGUUUGUCUAACUUUAAAUGAACAUGGCUAUUGUUACCAUAAUAAUAAGCAUUAGAAGAAUGGGAAAUGUGUUUGGAAAGUUGACAUAAUGAUGAUUAAAUGUGUACCAAGAGCAAAGAAAAUGAGGAAAACUAAGGAGAUGAAAAAUAAAAUAAGAAUAAGCCAAAAGUUUUUUUUAGUUUUGUCUUGUCUGACAACCUUUUAUUUAAAUAGUCAGUUCCAGGUUUCCAUACAUCUGUGCUGUGUAAUAACACUGGGUUCACGGUACAAGUAAAUGCAAAAUAGAAUUGAUUUAAUGUAGCAGCAAGCCGUCACAUCUUAUUUUUCUGAACCUGUCUGUAGGAUAAUUUCACUUUCUGCUAAUCGACUUCUCUCUUGAAUCAAGGGUGGUGUUCUGUAUGCUGCUGGAGUAAUCCGCAUUAUUUAUCUUUUUUCUUUCCUCCAACAUAUUAAUGUGUUUGUAGAUGACUGAAGUUAAAUCGGGUUGAAAAACGAGUGCAAUUAUCUUACAGCACUUAGGAAAAAUAAGAUUUCACAACUUGAGGGUGACACGAAAAGAGGAACAAAUGCUCAUGAACAAAUGCUGCUGCUUCUCCUUCUCUUUCUUCUUCUUCUUCUGAACGUGUUCUUGUGUUUAAAACACUAAAUUCAGCGACACACCAAGUGAUCAGAGGACUAACUGUGACUGGAGGUCCCAGUGCUGAACAGCUGAGCAUUAAACGGACUGCUUAAGGUUUACAAAAGAAGCGCAUCACACUAAAAUAUGAAGACAAUGAGUACGAUUAGAGAGGACCAUGUGGAGUAGAUAUUAAACGCUCAUUCACCUCAAAACGUUUUUAUACCCAGCCCAGAUGUUCUUUGAUUAUUUAUGUUAUUUUUUUUGUGAAGUGUAAAUCACUGUACAAUCUCCCCACAAGACUUUUUGUUUUUCCCCUUUCUGAUAUUUUAAUUAUUUUUCUUUUCUCUCUCUUUUUUUUGCCCUUUUAAAGGGAACGUUUUGUUACCCCUUCAACCAUCCAUCUACCUCACUUUUUUUUUCCAAUCUAUUUACAUGUACAGAAAAACAAAAAAAAACAUCUCAUCUCUGUUGUCCGGCUGUAAUGACGACCUUACUGAGUGCUGUUAAUACGGUCAAAUUCAAACCACAAACUAGACCAUCCUGGAAACAUGUCGAGGUGAUUUUAAAAAAAAGAAAGAAAAAAAAAAGAUAAAUUUCAACAGCAAAUCAUUCAAAAACCUUUUAACCUGAAGUCCAGCCCAAGAUUGUGCCUCUCUUGUAUCGCCGCUGCGUCAGAGUGACACUGCCACGUACGUAAAAGUGGUCAUUUAACAAUGCUUACUGCUGUCUUGAAGGUAUUUCCAUAAUUUCCUGGAAGACUCAUCUAACUACUUGGAUGGAAAAACACGUUCCAUCAGUUGCACAACAAAAAAAGUAUCUUUGAUGUUUGACCAGUUGGGAAUAUAUUUUCCGGUCCGAGCAGAUGGAAAUUACAUUGUUUUGUACAACAGAACAAGAAAAACAUGAAACCAUUAUUCUGGAAAUAAUACUUGUCUGGCUGUAAUCUUCUUUUAGUUUUUGAGGACUUAGACAUGUUCACUGUGUGAAUGUAAUGGUGAUACAUGAGAGGCACAAACUUGGGGUGGAUUAGUUAGUGACAAAUACAACCCAUAUAUGAUGAGGCGAUGCUGUCUUUAAGCAGGAAGUCAUUUACUAACUGAAAAAUGUUGGAUUUGAUAAUUGAGGCAUGUGUCUGUAUCUUAUUGAAACGUUAUACAGAGGUGAUUAGGGAUGGAACUGGAGGUUCGUGCAGUGUUUUCAGUUUAACUUUUCAGUCUUGCACCACAUAUACAUGGAUUGUUUUGUUUGUUUGUUUUUUUUUUUUGCUGGGUAUCUGUGUGUCUACCCUGGGACAGUUUACACUGGUUAACUUUCAAUACAACACCAGACAAAACUUCUAGUAUACAGUGAAAAUGACGGCACUGGAAGCUGUUUCUGGUCAGUAAGUGAGUGAAUUCACGUGGAGGUAACAGGUAGAAAGGUCAGUCACAGGUAGAGGACAUCUGGGUUUCAUUUAAGCUGUUUGAUUGUUCAAAGACGAGACGAGUGUGACCCGAGAGCUUAGCUAAAUGGUCUGUGCUAGUUGCUAUGGUAACACCUCUGGUAACCGAGGAGCUCGUUAAUGAUGUUUUGCACUUCCUCAUCGCGUGUUGGUUGACAGAACGUUCUUCAGGUUCUUUACUGCCAUUACGGGACUUUGGCGUUGCUCCUUGUGGCCUGCACCUGUUGCCAUGGUGAUCCCAGUUAAAAGCAAUCCUGUCUCUUAUUUAUUUUAUUUUUUUUCCGUCUUCCUCCCCUCACAAGGCGUGUUUUGAGAUUCAGGCUGGCCGAGUGGUUGGUGUGCUGGUCUAGUUUGUACUGAUAUGAGGUCAGGAUGGUCUUUCAGUGUUUGUGGUCUGAUUUUUGCCUCACUUUUACCACUGGAACACCUCACAGAGCGGACAUAAAAUCGAACAAAUUUCUUUUCCUGUUUUUUAAGUUUCUUUUUUUCCCUUUUGUCACAUUGAAGGCCAAUUUAUCAAUAUUUUGUUGUGUGUAAAUUAUUCGUAGCCUUCCAACUCUUACGUUUCUAUUGAAAUGAUCGGUUAGACUGAGGUUUCAUUUUGGUUUUCUUUUGUACAUGCUGUUGUAAGAAUUUUUCCUGUUUAUCAAUAUAUUCUGAGUACUGGGAAAAAUUAUUGGCUGAAGGGAAAGAGAAUGUUCGUUUCUCUGAUUCUUUUUUUUUUCUACACAAGAUUUAAGAUGAAUAAAAAUGUAUGCAAACUGUU